AUGCAUAAAAGAUGGCUUGAAGAGGGGGAGGCCUCGGACUUCUCGCUGGCCUGGGAUUCCUCCGUGACUGCAUCAGGAGGCCUGGAAGGAGAGCCUGAGUGUGAUCGGAAAACCAGCCGUGCGCUGGAAGACAGGAACAGCGUGACAAGUCAAGAGGAGAGAAAUGAGGACGAUGAAGACAUGGAGGAUGAGUCAAUUUACACCUGCGAUCACUGUCAGCAGGACUUCGAGUGUCUGGCAGACCUGACGGACCACCGGGCCCACCGCUGUCCUGGAGAUGGUGACGACGACCCGCAACUCUCCUGGGUCGCCUCGUCUCCCUCCAGCAAGGAUGUUGCGUCACCCACGCAGAUGAUCGGAGAUGGGUGUGACCUCGGCUUGGGCGAGGAGGAAGGGGGCACGGGCCUGCCGUACCCCUGCCAGUUCUGCGACAAGUCCUUCAUCCGCCUGAGCUACUUGAAGAGGCACGAGCAGAUCCACAGCGACAAGCUGCCGUUCAAGUGCACCUACUGCAGCCGCCUCUUCAAGCACAAGAGGAGUCGUGACCGGCACAUCAAGCUGCACACGGGCGACAAGAAGUACCACUGUCACGAGUGCGAGGCCGCCUUCUCCCGCAGCGACCACCUCAAGAUCCACCUGAAGACCCACAGCUCCAGCAAGCCCUUCAAGUGCACCGUCUGCAAGCGCGGCUUCUCCUCCACCAGCUCGCUGCAGAGCCACAUGCAGGCGCACAAGAAGAACAAGGAGCACCUGGCCAAGUCAGAGAAGGAGGCCAAGAAGGACGACUUCAUGUGUGACUACUGCGAGGACACCUUCAGCCAGACAGAGGAGCUGGAGAAGCACGUGCUCACCCGCCACCCCCAGCUCUCCGAGAAGGCCGACCUGCAGUGCAUCCACUGCCCCGAGGUCUUCGUGGACGAGAACGCGCUGCUCGCCCACAUCCACCAAGCCCACGCCAACCAGAAACACAAGUGCCCCAUGUGCCCCGAGCAGUUCUCCUCGGUGGAGGGCGUCUACUGCCACCUGGACAGCCACCGGCAGCCCGACUCCAGCAACCACAGCGCCAGCCCCGACCCCGUGCUGGGCAGCGUGGCCUCCAUGAGCAGCGCCACGCCGGACUCCAGCGCAUCCGUGGAGCGCGGCUCCACCCCGGACUCCACCUUGAAGCCGCUGCGGGGCCAGAAGAAGAUGCGGGACGAGGGCCAGGGCUGGUCCAAGGUGGUCUACAGCUGCCCCUAUUGCUCCAAGCGGGACUUUAACAGCCUGGCCGUGCUGGAGAUCCACCUGAAGACCAUCCACGCCGACAAGCCUCAGCAGAGCCACACGUGUCAGAUCUGCCUGGACUCCAUGCCCACGCUGUACAACCUCAACGAGCAUGUCCGCAAGCUGCACAAGAGCCACGCCUACCCGGUGAUGCAGUUCGGCAACCUCUCGGCCUUCCACUGCAACUACUGUCCCGACGUGUUCGCCGACAUCAACAGCCUGCAGGAGCACAUCCGUGCCUCCCACUGCGGCCCCGACGUCGGCCCGCCCGACGGCAGUAACGCCUUCUUCUGCAACCAGUGCUCCAUGGGCUUCCUGACUGACGCUUCCCUCACCGAGCACAUCCAGCAGGCUCACUGCGGUGUAGGCAGCGCCAAGCUGGAGUCCCCGGUCGUGCAGCCCACGCAAUCCUUCAUGGAGGUCUACUCCUGCCCCUACUGCACCAACUCGCCCAUCUUCGGCUCCAUCCUGAAGCUCACCAAGCACAUCAAGGAGAACCACAAGAACAUUCCGCUCGCCCACAGCAAGAAGUCCAAGGCGGAGCAGAGCCCGGUCUCGUCCGACGUGGAGGUGGCCUCCCCCAAGCGGCAGCGGCUCUCGGCCAGCGCCAACUCCAUCUCCAACGGCGAGUAUCCCUGUAAUCAGUGCGACCUCAAGUUCUCCAACUUCGAGAGCUUCCAGACCCACCUGAAGCUGCACCUGGAGCUGUUGCUGCGGAAGCAGGCGUGCCCCCAGUGCAAAGAGGACUUCGACUCCCAGGAGUCCCUCCUGCAGCACCUGACGGUGCACUACAUGACCACGUCGACCCACUACGUGUGCGAGAGCUGUGACAAGCAGUUCUCCUCGGUGGACGACCUGCAGAAGCACCUGCUGGACAUGCACACCUUCGUGCUGUACCACUGCACCCUGUGUCAGGAGGUCUUCGACUCCAAGGUGUCCAUCCAGGUGCACCUGGCCGUGAAGCACAGCAACGAGAAGAAGAUGUACCGCUGCACGGCCUGCAACUGGGACUUCCGCAAGGAGGCCGACCUGCAGGUGCACGUCAAACACAGCCACCUGGGCAACCCGGCCAAGGCGCACAAGUGCAUCUUCUGCGGGGAGACCUUCAGCACCGAGGUGGAGCUGCAGUGCCACAUCACCACGCACAGCAAGAAGUACAACUGCAAGUUCUGCAGCAAGGCCUUCCACGCCAUCAUCCUGCUGGAGAAGCACCUGCGGGAGAAGCACUGUGUGUUCGACGCCGCCCCCGAGAACGGCACGGCCAACGGGGUGCCCCCCGCCGCCGCCAAGAAGGCGGAGCCCGCCGACCUGCAGGGCGUGCUGCUCAAGAACCCCGAGGCGCCCAACAGCCACGAGGCCAGCGAGGACGACGUGGACGCGUCGGAGCCCAUGUACGGCUGCGACAUCUGCGGGGCGGCCUACACCAUGGAGGUGCUGCUGCAGAACCACCGGCUGCGGGACCACAACAUCCGGCCGGGGGAGGACGACGGCUCGCGCAAGAAGGCCGAGUUCAUCAAGGGCAGCCACAAGUGCAACGUGUGCUCGCGGACUUUCUUCUCGGAGAACGGGCUCCGGGAGCACCUGCAGACGCACCGGGGCCCCGCCAAGCACUACAUGUGCCCCAUCUGCGGCGAGCGCUUCCCCUCCCUGCUGACGCUCACCGAGCACAAGGUGACCCACAGCAAGAGCCUGGACACCGGCACCUGCCGUAUCUGCAAGAUGCCCCUGCAGAGCGAGGAGGAGUUCAUCGAGCACUGUCAGAUGCACCCCGACCUGCGCAACUCGCUCACGGGCUUCCGCUGCGUAGUGUGCAUGCAGACGGUCACCUCCACGCUCGAGCUCAAGAUCCACGGCACCUUCCACAUGCAGAAGCUGGCGGGCAGCUCGGCCGCGUCCUCCCCCAACGGCCAGGGGCUGCAGAAGCUCUACAAGUGUGCCCUGUGCCUCAAGGAGUUCCGCAGCAAGCAGGACCUGGUGAAGCUCGACGUCAACGGGCUCCCCUACGGCCUCUGUGCCGGCUGCAUGGCCCGCAGCGCCAACGGACAGGUGGGCGGCCUGGCCCCGCCCGAGCCCGCCGACCGGCCCUGCGCCGGCCUCCGCUGUCCCGAGUGCAGCGUCAAGUUCGAGAGUGCCGAGGACCUGGAGAGCCACGUGCAGGUGGACCACCGUGACCUCACGCCGGAGACCAGUGGGCCCCGGAAAGGCGCCCAGACGUCGCCAGUGCCCCGGAAAAAGACAUACCAGUGCAUCAAGUGCCAGAUGACCUUUGAGAACGAGAGAGAGAUCCAAAUCCAUGUUGCCAACCACAUGAUUGAGGAAGGCAUCAAUCACGAGUGUAAGCUGUGUAACCAGAUGUUCGACUCCCCAGCCAAGCUCCUCUGUCACCUCAUUGAGCACAGCUUUGAGGGCAUGGGCGGCACCUUCAAAUGCCCCGUGUGCUUCACAGUCUUUGUCCAGGCCAACAAGUUGCAGCAGCACAUCUUUGCCGUGCAUGGGCAGGAGGACAAGAUCUACGAUUGCUCGCAGUGCCCACAGAAGUUCUUCUUCCAGACCGAGCUGCAGAACCACACGAUGAGCCAGCACGCACAGUGAGGGACCGCUCGACAGGACACCUCUCCGCAGAAGGCUUGCCGGAGACGCCGUGGGGAGGGCCAUUUGAACAUUACAUCCAAUCAAAGUGUCAUUUGCAACCCAGAUGUAAAACUCUAAUGAUUUGGCCAUGAGGCGCUGCUAUUAUAAGCAGCUGGAAAUGAAUAUUAAUGGCAGAGAUUAAAAGUAUUCCAUGCUCAGUAUUUUUUAUUGUCCUGCUACAGCUAGUGUGCUUUUAGAGUUUCCGCCGAAGACUACAUUUCUAGAGUUAGA